AAACCCUGUCCGAGCUGAAAUCUCGUCACGUUGCCGAGAACACGUCAACGCUGGGAGUCGACUGCAUGCUGACCGGCAAUUCGGACAUGAAGGAGCACCACGUGAUCGAAUCGCUGCACUCCAAGAAGCAGCAGAUUAUCCUGGCCACGCAGUUGGUCAAGAUGAUUCUGAAGAUCGACGACGUCCGAUCGCCAGCCGAUAAGUAACUGUCUAUUUGCUAAUAAUUCCUCUUGCAUAAGUUUUGUUCCAUUAUUUUUGGUUCCGACGUGCUUACCGCUUUAUAUUACUCCUAGGAAAGUAUGUCGAAAUCCAUUAUACAUUAAAACUUUCUUCUUUCAUGCACCCCGUAAAAUCGCCUUUGCGAAGGAUGUAAGUUGUAAGAACCGAGCUGUCAGAAUUAUCGUCAGCUAUCUGAGCUAUCAGCCUUUAACUUCUUUGAACAACAACAAAGCUAAUUUAAAUACUAACACGGCUUUAGUCAGACAGAUUCUCAUUUGUUGCUCUAGGGUAGGAACGGGAAGAAGGUUCGUUCAUGAUCCUAAAAGCGCAGUUGCACUUACACUCACACUCUCAAGUCACAUAACAUCAUACAACAACCAACAAACAAUAAACACGUGAUUAUGCUUUUGAACGUA